UGACUUCAUCUGAAGUACACGGAAUUAAGGAGCAGUAGUGAGACAGCCAUGUUGGGUAGUGUUAUUAGAAGAAGUGUGUUUAGUUCGUAAAGAAUAUAUUUUCUUCAGCAAAUCGUGUUGUGUAGUGUUUUUUGUUGAGUGGAUUCUUUAAUUUGGAUUAAUGACCGCUAUAAACGAAACCAUGAACUGGGGCACUGAGCUUUGGGACCAGUAUGACAAUUUAUCACUUCAUACCUUGAAAGGAAUAGAUUUUCUCGAGAAGUAUGGACAGUUUGUAAGGGACCGAGCUUCGAUUGAAUGCGACUAUGCUGCGAAAUUAAGGAGACUGGUCAAAUGUUAUCAACCUAAGAAAAAGGACGAAGAUGAUUAUCAGUACACUUCAUGUAGGGCAUUCAAAGCUCUGAUGAACGAAAUUAAUGACCUUGCUGGCCAACAUGAAAUCGUAGCGGAAGAUCUUCAAGCUAAUGUGAUAAAAGAAUUGACUGCGCUAGUGAAAGACUUGAAGGAAGAAAGGAAAAAACAAUUACAAGAGGGUUUAAGACUUUCGCAAACACUGCAGGCUCAAAUAGAAACUCUUCAAAGGGCGAAAAAAUCCUAUGACAAAGCAUUCAAAGAAUCCGAGAAAGCCAUCGAUGGUUUUCAAAAAGCUGACGCCGAUUUCAAUUUGUCAAGAGCAGAAGUUGAAAAACAGAGAUCGAACAUGUCACACAAAACGCAGGUUUGCGAUUCGGCCAAGAACGAAUAUGCUCAACAAUUACAGAGGACGAAUGAAUUGCAAAGACAACAUUUUAGAUCGGGAUUGCCAGAAGUUUUUAGGCAGUUGCAAGACUUAGACGAGAAGAGAAUUAAAAAUAUCAAAAAUUUUAUUCAGUCAUCAGUGGAAAUCGAGCGAAAUGUGUUUCCUAUUAUAAAUAAAUGUUUGGACGGAAUACUCAAAGCUGCCGAUAUAAUAAAUGAAAAGGAGGACACUUUACUUGUGAUAGAAAAAUAUAAGUCUGGCUUUGAACCUCCAGAAGAUUUCCCAUUUGAAGAUCUCUCUAAAGGUGGUAGUGAUUCAGGAAGUGCGAAUAACAUCAAUAAUCUUCAAGUCAGUAGCAAAUUGAAAGACGGUGGUUAUACAGUGAAAGGAACAAUUACCAGUAAAGCAAUGAAGAAAAGAACAGGCCUGUUCAAUAUUUUUGGCAGUAGAGGGAAUGCUACUUUGUCGGAUGGAAAGGAGGAUUUAAGUGAAUUACCACCAAAUCAGAGGCGAAAAAAGUUAACUCUCAAAGUGGAAGAACUGAGGAGUAAAGUGGCUCAAGAGACUGCAGCCAGAGAUGGACUUAUGAAAAUGAAAAUUGUAUAUGAGAAUAACCCUGCUCUCGGAGAUCCGAGGACCAUUGAAAGUCAGUUAAACGAAUGUAGCCAUAGACUAGAAAAACUCCAACAAGAUUUAUCAAGGUAUCAGGGUUACCUUGAAGAUGCCAUAAAAGGAAUACAGUCAGGUCAAAAUAACCCUUCUCUGACGAACUCUCCCAGACUGCUGAAUGGAUCAAGGCAUCAUCGAAAUUCGGGAGGCAGUGCCGCCGAAGAGGAAUCGCUCAGCAGGUCUGCAAGUGACAGUAGUGUUACCAAUCCUACCUUAAACCACAAUAAAAAAUCCGCACCUGGCACGCCACAACUUAAUAACCAUGGUUGUUCCAAUAGCCCUGAAAGUGGUUUGGGCACCUCACACACCUCCCUUCCGGGACCUGAUUCGGAUCCAGAUCAAUUCGAUGGAAAUGGAGCUGAUCCAGAAAGCGAAUAUUACGAAGCCGAAACGUCACUACCCAACCUUGGAACGUGUAAAGCCCUCUAUCCUUUUGAAGCUACUAGUGAGGGAAGUAUACGAAUGGUACAAGAUGAAGAGUUGCAUAUAAUAGAACUUGAUCAGGGAGAUGGAUGGACCAGGGUACGGAGAGUCAUAGGAGCUAGUGAAGAAGGUUUUGUGCCAACAUCAUAUAUUGAAUGUAUGUUGUUUAAUACUUAAUAGAAAGGAGACUUUCAAUAAUUCUAAGAGUUGAUAUUGAAUAUAUUUUUGUAAAUUAUUUAUGCAAUAUUUAAAAAAAAAUCUCUUGAUUUCUUCAUUUUUAUUUUACUGUACAUUAUAUAUUUUUAUAUCUGUAGUGAAAAAAAUCGUUUUAGCAAGUGAUUAUGUUGUAUAUUAUUCUCGUCGAACAAAAAAGUGGCAAAAUGUAUUAUUUAACUUUGACAAAGUUAUAUUUGUGUGCUUUGAAAUAUAUCUGCUUUGAGAUGAUAAUGUUCAGAUAUCUAGGCUUAGCACAAUUUUGUCUGUCGUGAGGAUUUCAAUUGAUUACCAGACAACCUAGAUAUUAUUGUUAUUUUGUAUAUAUUUCCUAGUACUGAUACUCUAAUUAAGCUAAUCUAAUGAAUAAUAUUAAUAUUUGUCAAGUAUUGCAAUGUAAUAUACUGAGAUUAUCCAAUGUUUUUUAGUUUGCUAGAAUACAUGAAUAUUCCAUGUUGAAAUAAUAACUUAUUGUCAACAUGGAUAGAAACUAUUCUUUUUCUCCAUCCAAUACUUAGUGAAUUCACAUUUCCAGUAUUGUUUAUAAUAAUUGAAAGAUUUACAUUUAUAAUCCUAGUUUUAUAAAUGUUAUCACUAAUAUACACUUGCCUUAGCUUUGUGGAAGUUUAUAUUUGCAAUAUAUUCCUAUAAUGGAAUUCUGAAACAAAAUUAGGUUUCCCUUUGAAGGGAAAGAAAUAGACUAAUAAUAUUAUAGCUAAUAACUAAUUUGUUUUUAUUUAUGGUGCUGCAAAUAUGGUAAGAGUGAGAAAAUGACUACAAGUUGUAUGAAUACACAACCAAAUUUAAAAUAAGUACUAUAUGUUUAAUAGACGUGUUGAAAUUCAUGAUAAACACAAUAAAAACAUGUCAGAUAUGCGCCUGAACAUUGUGAUAAAAGAAACUUGUUUUUCAAGCUGUUCAUAUAAAAUCUUACAAGAAAGUAUUUUCGAAAUUGAAAGAAAUACCAAUCAAAACUAGUUUCAAUCAAUUUGUCAAUCAAUUAAUUAAUUGACUUUUUCCAAAGCGUUGACUGUCUAAAGCAAAAUAGAUGAAAUUUAAUUUUUUUCAUGGAUUAUUCAAUUUUAAAGCAAAAUUUAUGAAUACAACAAGUUACCGACUAAUUGGACUAUCUUCAGUGAUUUAUAUUAUGCAGUAACUUUUCAGUUUUCUCUUUAUUAUACUUCAGAAGAUUAUCUAUUGAUAUGGAUUCAUUUUUUAUAUUGUGGAAGGUUAAAAACCUAGAUAAGAAUUGAGAAACAUUGAGUCAUUCACAAAAAAUGUCUUGAAAAGAAUACUUGAAUAGCUUAUUGCAAGAAUUAGAAUGAGUUGAAUUUUCCAAAAUAAUUCUGGUUGUGUAAUUCCAAUAGCUACAUAUUCAAGAAAGUUUUGCUCAGCUUUUAUUAAUGGAUAAAUAUGUGAAGGCUUAGUAGAUUUUUUAGGAACAUUUCAUGAAAAAUGUAAACAUAAAACUAUUAAGCUCACUGAACAUGAACAACUUUCAUGAUCAUAUUUCAUGUUGUUUCAGUUCUUGUGAACAGUUCAUAUUGAUUUGAUUUGAUUUGAAGUUUUUAGUUGAAUAUAGUCAUUGAUGUACUUUAAAUAAUUUGAUUUCUUUAUUAAAAACUUUGUGAUAUGUAACAGAUUUGAAAUAAAUUUACGAGCUGUAGAAUAAAGGGAAAUGAAACUAUUUUUCAAGAUGUUGCACAAUGUGCCAAAAUUCUUGUUUCAUAUGGAAAUCGGGAUUAAAUUGUUUUUCACUUAAGGAAAAUAAAAUAUAAUGAAUAUGCUCAACAUUAAUAACUGAUAUUGAUUAUGAUACUAACUUUUUUUUGGACUUCACCUGUGGCAGUUUUACAAAAAAAAUAGGCUAGGCUUAAGUGAUACUGUAAAAAAUUAUUCAUAUUUCCCCCAUGCAAUUUAUCUCAAAAUGUUUUACAGAAUGUUUGAUUAAAGGUUUUAGUUCCGAAAUUAUCUCAGUGUCUUUCUGCACAUUGUCCUUGACCUUAGAUUACAUACAAAUUGUAUUUCCUCUCACAUAUUAACUUGUAUUGGUCUCUCAUAAGUUUAGCUUACUUUUCCUCUGCAGUGAUUAAACAUAUAGAAUUUCGUUCAAGUGAAAAUUACAGCAUAUAUCGUACUAGUUUUCUAUCUCGAUAAUACUAAUAGAUGACUUACUUGAACCUAAUUUUGCUAUAUUAUAAUUUUGUAUCUUCAAUAAAGCCUUGAAAUAAAUCCACUUUUACAUAUUUAGUUAGGUAUGAACUUCAGAAAUUCUUGAAGUUGGCUUUAUAUGCUUGCUACACUAAAAUGUUUGUUACUGAUUUUACGCUAGUUGUGUAAUAGGAAGUGUUUUAACAUGUCAUCAUAUCAUGAUGCCUUCAUAUAUUGUCCUUGAAAUCUGCACAAAAACGUGUUAUUGAGUGAAAGUAAUUCUGUUAUUUGAAUAUUGUAACACUGUAUAUGACUGAAUCUUGUAAAAUAUAUUGACUAUAAAUGUA